UCAAGUCCAGACAGUCAUGACAGUCACCUGACUGAAACAAUUUCAUGUUGUGUCCUCCUAUGUGCUACCCUUAAAUACUUUGACAGAUUACAGACACGUUUAAUUCAUUAAAAUCGUUCAAAGAAAUUGGCCUGCCUGCCAGAGGACAUGCAUUGUUAUCAUCGUUGGGGCUGAUGUGUUGCUAACGCAGCUAGCUAGCUAAAUUGAUGCUCCUCUCUUAUCUGGAUCGUGACUGUUUGGAGAAUACAGAGUUAAAAAUGCCUCAGUCAGCUGGUAUCAUCAGUGGGAUCCAAAGGAUGGUUCUGUAUGAAACCAGGGCCAGGUACUUUUUGGUUGGGACCAAUCAGGCACAGACCAAACACAGAGUCCUGAAGAUUGACCGCACAGAACCCAAGGACCUGGUCAUAAUUGACGAUAAGCAUGUGUACAAUCAGCAAGAGGUUCGGGAGUUACUGGGCCGCCUGGACCUGGGCAACCGGACCAAGAUUGGCCAAAAGGGUUCCUCUGGCCUGUCCAGGGCUGUGUCAGCCUUUGGUAUUGUGGGGUUUGUCCGUUUCCUCGAGGGGUACUACAUUGUGUUGAUCACCAAGCGUAGAAAGAUGGCAGACAUCGGCGGCCACUCCAUCUACAAAAUUGAAGACACCAGCAUGAUCUACAUCCCCAAUGAUUCGGUCAGGGUUACACACCCUGAUGAAGCAAGAUAUGUGCGUAUCUUUCAGAACGUGGACCUAUCCAGCAACUUCUAUUUCAGCUACAGCUAUGACCUGAGCCAUUCGCUGCAGUACAACCUGACUUUGCUUCAGAGGCCUUAUGAACUGUGGACAUCACCAGAGUCCUCCUCUGAGGAAGAGGUACAAACACAGAGCAAGCAAGACAGCUUCGACAUCUUUGAAGAUGAGGGUUUGCCUACACAAGUGGUUUACGGCAUCCAGAACGAGCCGUACUACAAGUACGUGUGGAACGGAAAGCUGCUGGAACGAGUCAAGGACAUAGUGCAUCAUGACUGGCUCAUGUAUAUAAUCCACGGCUUUUGUGGCCAGUCCAAGCUUCUGAUAUACGGCCGACCAGUUCACAUCACCCUCAUUGCCAGGCGUUCCAGCAAAUUUGCCGGGACCCGCUUCCUCAAAAGAGGAGCCAACUGCGAGGGAGAUGUGGCUAAUGAGGUUGAGACCGAGCAGAUUGUCCACGAUGCCUCAGUUAUGUCAUUCACAGCAGGGAGUUACUCGUCAUACGUCCAGGUGCGAGGUUCAGUCCCACUCUACUGGUCCCAGGACAUUUCCACCAUGAUGCCAAAGCCCCCAAUACGAUUGGACCAAGCUGAUCCAUAUGCCCAUGUAGCUGGUCUCCAUUUUGACCAGAUGCUGCAGCGAUUUGGCUCUCCUAUCAUCAUCCUCAACCUGGUCAAGAAACGAGAGAAAAGGAAACAUGAGAAGAUUCUGAGUGAAGAGCUCUACCCAGCUGUUAUCAACCUGAAUCAGUUCCUCCCUCCGGAAAACUGCAUCGACUACAUCGCAUGGGACAUGGCCCGCUACACCAAGAGCAAAUUGUGCAACGUUCUGGACCGUCUGAGUAUGAUAGCAGAGAACGUCGUCAAGCGAACAGGCUUCUUCAUUAAUCGCUCUGACUUCUACUGUCACACCCUCAGACCAGACGACAGGUGGGGAGAUUUAGGUGGACACAUGGCAGCCAGUGGACGAGUGCAGACUGGUGUGUUGCGGACCAACUGUGUGGACUGUCUGGAUCGGACCAACACCGCUCAGUUCAUGGUGGGCAAGUGUGCGCUGGCCUAUCAGCUUUAUGCACUGGGAAUGAUUGACAAGCCCAAACUGCAGUUUGAUACUGACUGUGUGAGGUUGUUUGAGGAGCUGUAUGAGGACCAUGGAGACACUUUGUCGCUGCAGUAUGGCGGCUCCCAGCUGGUCCACAGGGUCAAAACCUACCGCAAGAUCGCACCUUGGACACAACACUCUAAAGACAUCAUGCAGACACUGUCACGCUACUACAGCAAUGCUUUCUCAGAUGCUGACAGACAGGAUGCCAUCAACCUGUUUCUCCAAGUCUACCAGCCGUCAGAGUCCAAGCCGCACCUGUGGGAGCUGCCCACUGACUUCUACCUGCAUCAGAGGAACACCAUGGCCCUCCCCCAAGACAGACGCAGCUACACUCUGUGGUGGUCAGCAGGAAUCUUGUCCUACCUUCCUGUCGCCUAUGAUGAAGUUCCCUGUGAGGACACCAUGAAGAAGGUCAGAGUGAAGAGAGUCAACCGUUUUGAUGAGAGCAUUGACAUCUACACAGAAUUCUUCAAACCUUAUGAACUUACCUCCUUCGAUGACACAUUCUGCAUCGCCAUGACCAACUCUGCAAGGGAAUUUAUGCCUAAGACAGUCGGAGUGGAUCCAAGCCCAUUCACAGUUCGUAAGCCAGAGGAAACAGGAAAAUCAGUGUUGGGCAACAAGAGCAGUAAGGAGGAGACACUGCUCCAGAGGAAGACUGCAGCCAGUGCACCUCCUCCGCCGAGUGAGGAGGCCAUCAGCAGCACGUCAGAGGACGACUCAGAGGAGGACCGCGACGACGACGGAUCCGUGUCCCAGCGCUCUACCCCGAUCAAACUGCUGACAGAGUCUGGCGAGAGCACUCGCACACAGGAGGAUAUCCAGCAGCAGCAGCACCUUUCCAUUAAGGAGCCAUAUGGACUCAAUCUUGCUGAGUUUCCGGCUGAGGAAGACCUGCUCAUUUAUGAAAGGUUUGCACAUCUGGGCGAGAGCCAGCACAGGGUGGAAAGAACCGAACACAUAAACCUGGCAAACAUCAUCUGCUUAGAGCCGGUGUCUUGCUUCCCCGAGGACAGCAUCUACGCCGUUUCUCCGCCGCAGGUCGACAGAGACAGCCGCGACGGGUUUGAGAGCCACGUGAUGACGGGUCAGGGCCAGAUGAGGGUGCUGUGCAGGGACGACAUGUUGAUGUACAGGGAGUACGUCAAGAACAGAUACAUGUGACACACACCGACUCUCCGUUACCGAUACGCAAAUCCAGAUGAUCAGCUCCGGCCAAGCAGAAAAUUUCAUCUUCAAGACUUGACAAGACUUCACCACAGGACGUAACGAGAGAUGUUCUCUCGAAUUUGUAAAUCUAUUGUGCUUCAACCGACCACCUCUUGGGUUUAUUUUUCCGGCUUGGAGUAAACUGUCCGUUAUGAAGAAUGUACAUCUCAUAUGUCCUUCAUUUGGACUAAACUUUGCGGGUUGAUUUUCUUUUUAAUCAAAGUAAUUUGUGUGUUUUAACAGCUUCACUUUUUUAUUUAUUCAGCUGGCUGGUGCUUUUUAUUUGUUCGUAGUGUUAUUCUCCUUUUAAUUGCAGCUCUUUUAAGAAAGUUGAACCAUAUGUACAUUUUGAGGAUGUAAAAUGAUGUAAAUUGUUCUGACUCUUCAGUUUUCUGAAUCUUAAACGUUGGAGCCAUUAAUGUGAAGGCAGACCCAAAGAUCAUGAUGACUGAUUCUUUCAGUUUUGAUUCUCUUUUUCAUUCAUUCUGUUAAACCUGUGGCAGAGAGAAGCAUUUUUUAUUUAAUUACUUCAAAACAUUCUCAGACAAGUCGCACAUGAUGUCAUACAUGUACUGUAAAUGUUGACUCUUUUUUUAUAAGGUCAUCAUAUUUCGCACGUUGCAUUAUGCGAUUUGAUUGAACCUGAAUGUUGUUUGUCUGCACACCAAACACAUUCUGAUCUCUUGAUAUUGUGGGUUUUAUCAAACCCCAUUCUCAGUCCAGUUUUCUGUAAAUGCAUUUCAGACAUGUCAG